AGAAAAGCAUAUUUAGGGUGGUUUCGUGGGUAGGGGAAGGGAGGGUAAUUGGUUUCAAGAGUGAGGGAAGAAAUCCGGGGUGGUGUUAGUCAGUAAGGAUAUCUAGAGCAUUUUUCAUAAAACUCGGGGAGUAUGUGGUGUAUUUGAAAAAGUCCAAUAGUAUAUGGUGAAUAAACAAGAAAGUCAAGGGUAUAUGACGAAAAAAGUGUUAAACUAUUAAUGUUUUGCGUUGUUGCUCGAUGUUAUUGAUGAGUGCUAUAUGAGUAAUCCUCACUCGACUAAAUCAAUUAUUUUGGGACAGAGGGAGUAUAUAAUAAGGUUUUUUUUUCUUUUUCUUUUCUUUCAUUUCUUUUUCUUAUGAUAUUAUACUUCAUAUAAAUUAGUCUUAAGAUAUAUAUGAAACAAAUCAAAAUACUAUAGGAUUUUGCUAAAAAAAAGAAUGAAAAUAUAGGAGUCAUGAACUCAAGCAUGAUGCAUAUAGUUUAAAAAGAGGUUCUCAGUCUUUUCACCCGCUCUUUUGGUUAUAAUUGAAUAAACUCCCGCCAACAUACACUAAAACCACCGUCACUCGACUCUCUCUUCGCUUUCGCAGUCACCUGAAUUUGCUACCAUUGUUAUACACUUACAGAUAAUAACAACAAUUCGAUUUGUGAUGUCUGUCAACACAAUUACUCAAAUGAGAAAGUAGGGGAGAAAGUGUUACUGCAUAUUCAAACUUUCUGCUGUAAGUUGCAUGCAACUCCUGUGUAGUUGUAGAGAUUAAUCUUUAAGAAGGGUGAGGACAACUGAAGACAUCAAGUGCUUCUGGUAAUGGAUAAAAGUGGAGAUGCAGAAGCAAUUUUAGAUCUUCAGCCAAAGUCUUCAAUAUCUGUCGCUUACCAUUCAGAUUUUGGUCCUCAUGAAGACCUACUACUCCUUGAGCUUGAUGAAAAGCUUCUUCCUGAUGUUCUCAGCGAAAGAGUCUCUCUGAGGGGAGAACCGGAUGAAGAGGCUGUGUUUUGUACCCAAUCAAAGACUUACGCGAUUAAAUUUGUGGGUAAUUCCAAUUCCGUGUUUCUCAUCCCUCCUUCAAACUCGUCAUCUUUUCCCAAAAAUGCUAUGGAUUGUGAUGAACAAAACUUGGACCAACCUGCUUCGGCAUCUGUGCUGAAGGUGGCUUCUGGUAACUUGGAGCUUGUUGAGGUUGCUCCCAGAUUGGACAAAUUGAAAUUGCUUCUGUCACAAAAGCCUUUUACAAUUGAGGAGAUGUCAGAAAUGGAAACUUUUUUGGAGAGUGAGGAACAGAGUUCUGUAUAUAGAUGGAAUGAUCUCAUUGGACAGAUUCAAGCAAGUAAUAUCGAACUGAGAUCAGGCUUAGAAGCUCUUAAAGCUUUGGAGAUCAACGGGUAUUGGAGAAUUAUAGAUGAGAAUUGCAUGGACUCAGUCUUGAACAUGCUUUUGCAUAAUGCAGUGUUAAAUGAUUGGUCCUUAGAUGCACUACCAGAAAAUGAAUUGGUCAGUAUAAUGGAGUCAGAUGGGUUUCCACCCAAAAUUUCCAACCACUGUUUGAAAGUGUACGGAAAUACAGUGGAUAAGGAGGACAGUGUAUCUUUGUGGAAAUUAAAUGAGAAACAGGUUUGUGUACAUUUUGCCAAAAGAAUUCUGAAUAAUGGAAAAGUGAAGAAGGACAAGUUUUUGGCGGAAUGGAAGAAUAAAAUUCCUAAUGGAAUGCAGGCAAGUUUUGAGAUGUUGGAAGGUGAAGUUUUAACAGAGAGGAUUGGGGUGGAAAUUUGGAUUCAUCCUUUUAGUGUUUCUUCUUUGCCCUCAACUCCCGCAAAGCGUUUCUCAAUUCUCUUUAAAGAGAGACCAAAAUGGGAAUGGAAGGAUCUCGAACCUUAUAUAAGGGAUUUGAAGGUGCCAGGUCUUUCUUCAGAGGGUUUGCUGCUCAAAUACACAAGAAGAUCACAACCAAGACCUGAUGUAGAACCUAUAUUUAGUGCAAGAUAGGGGCACAAGACGUCGAUUUAUCACUGUUUGACAUUCAAUAUUCUACCAUUGAAUGAUGUAUACUUAACUUAUUGAGCAAAUUAUACUGGAAGUGUACUUAAAUCUGUGUUUAUGUUGUGUUGAAUUUAUCAGUAGAUUGUAGCAUUAUGCAAUAGUCCUUUAGGGAUGAUUCUACAUUGGAGUGCAACAUAGCUACCAGAUUUACAAAUUUUGUCUACUCAUGUAUGGACCACUUUCCCUUUUGCUUAUUAGAAAUUUGUUAUAAUUAAUUAGUUUCUAAAAUA